AGAUCACCUGCAAACAAAUAACUCAAACUAAUAGUCGACAUUAACCUUUAAGUCGAUUUUUACAUGGGUAUAAUUGAAUAUCUUAAGUGGAAUAUGUAGGCUAACCAAAAAUGUGUAAAUGACUUAUGUGGUAGGCAGCCUAUGCUCAAGGAUGCCAUUUUUCUCAAUUUAUCAGGAAGUAGCCUAAUGAUUUUUCAGAUCGUAAAUCUUCUAAAGCAGAGCUACGCGACUUAAGCUGGCAGCACACGCAUCAAGAGCUAUAGCCACUCAACUACAGCUAAUUGAAAUGGAGAAUGUUUGACGAUAAAUCCAAAUGCUGCAACUAGACACCAGAGACAUUUAUGGUCUGAAAAUGGGAAUUUAAUCAGAAUAAGUCGCAUCCUCACAAGCUCGUUGCCACGGAGGGCCGUGUGCAUGCAAGUAUGGAGGAAGACAGCCUGGACGUGUUCAACCCGCUGGGGCUGUUUAUUAUACGGGACGACUACGAGAAGGGGCUGGAAUGUCUGGACCGGGCGCUGACCGCGGACGAGGCGCGAAACGCAGCGGCGGCCCUGGAGUUGUACAGAAGGGGCCGGCAGCACCUCCACAGGGGCAUGGGGGUGGACUCCUCCAGGCCCGAAUGCGUGGGCGCAGCCUGGGACUCGGCUAGACAGAUGCAGAGGAAGAUGAGCCAAACCCUGGGGAACAUCACCACCAGACUGGCGGCCUUGGAGACCGCGCCCACUGCCACACCCGCUCCCGAACUGAGCCCCGCCCAGUCCCUGUACCUACCCCUCCCUACCCCAGACCACCAGGGGGCGUCUGCCCCUACCAGAGUGCCCCUCCCUGGGUUCGCCCCCCUGCGCGUAUCUCCCACAAUGCACCCUGGGGAGCAGCCCCCGGCCUACACGCCCCAGGCUGCUGACGGACACCUGAGUCUGUCCUAUGGGACGGAGGCGGGGGAGCUGUCCCUGGUGAGGGACACGCCCACUCUGCAGAGCCCCUUCGCCAGCCGGAGUGCCAGUCUGGGCCUGGGCGGCGAGGAAGGGCAGGACCUCCUCUUCUUCCCGGAGGGGGUGCAGAUCUUCUUCGUGGAGCCCGAGGGCCAGGUCAGCGCCCCUUCAUACCCUGGGUACCUGCGCAUCACCAGGCUCCACAGCCAGCAGUGCCCUGAGAGGGCAUACAGCCCCCCUACUGCAGUACUACAGGUGUGUGACUGGGUGUACCCCCUGACCCCCACCUCCCCGGUCCUGCUGUGUAACUCCGGGGUGUUCAUGUUCCCCGACACGCUGGCCCCCACGCCGGGGUCCUACGUAGGGGUGGUGCUGUCCUCCGAGCUGCCCGAAUCGGACAGGCGGCUGUUUCAGUUCCACCUCGCUCAGCUGACCGACCUCAGGCACCAGGCCCCUGAGGUGGUCGCUGAGGCUGAGAACCUGUGUGAGAAGGUUCCCCUGGGCCCCCUGGAGCAGACCCCCACCCUGGGGGCCACAGUGGCGGAGAAGGAGAAGAAGAAGGUGGAAGAGGAAGAGGAGGAGGUGCCACUGCCAGAGUGGAGUGAGAAGGUGGCCCAGGGCAUCCUCACAGGGGCGUCCUGGCUGAGCUGGGGGCUGGUGAAGGGGGCGGAGUACACGGAGAAGGCCAUCCAGAAGGGGGCGUCCAAACUGCGCGAGCGCAUCACCCCCGAGGACACGCCCACCGAGGUCAGCCCCAACGUGGCCAAGGGCCUGCAGGUGGCCAAGCAGGCCAGCGGGGGCGCUGUGCGCGUCAGCCAGCUGCUGGUGGAUGGUGUGUGUACCGUUGCUGGUCAUGUGGGUAGAGAGCUGGCUCCCCAUGUGAAGAAGCACGGCAGCAAGCUGAUCCCAGAGUCCAUGAAGAAGGACCCCAAGGGCCGCUCCACACUGGACGGGGCCAAAGCGGUGGCAGUCAGCAGCAUGCAGGGACUCGCAACAGUGUGGACCGGCCUGGAGGUGGCGUCCAAGAACGUGGGCAAGAGCGUCGCUACGGAGACCGUCUCCACGGUGAAGCACAAAUAUAGGGGUCUAGAAAACGUCCUAGAUCCUCCUAGCUCCUCCAACCAUUAACUAACCAAAAAAAAAAACAAAACAAAAAAAAAAAAGAGCAGAGCAGUGUGCAUACUGAAAGUAUUCUUCCCUGAAAAGAUCUUGCUGGCAUGCCUUGCACGCCAUUGGCCUGUUUGCAUGAGUGACAUGAAAUGACCCCACCCCCCCUAAGCAUGUGCAAUGUGUGUGUCCCGCACCCCAAUCACGAAUAAAAGCAAUAUAAACAUCA